AAAUCUUGUUUUGCUCUAGUUACUGUACCCAGUUCAUUCAUGGCGCUGUUGGCUUUUGCCACCUUUGCCCUGGUCCCCUUGGGAGUUGCAGCGAAAGCCGAGAAACCGCAUGUGUUGUUCAUUUUAGCUGACGAUUAUGGCUGGGGCAACCUGGGUGUGCAUCGUCGGGAAGGCGUUGCAGCCGUUUCUGGCAGAGCUUCGCCCGAAGAGCUGCAAGGAAAGGCAGAGGUUCACACUCCCCACAUCGAUGCGUUGAUUGAUGCGGGGGUACUCUUGGACCGUCACUAUGCCUACAAGAUUUGCUCUCCUUCUCGCUCUUCCAUCCAGUCAGGACGCUUGGCGGUGCAUGUGAAUUCCGUCAAUUCACCAGUCACCUCUCAGAAUUAUGAGGACCCUGUGAGUGGCUAUGCCGGCAUUCCGCGCAACAUGACAGGCAUUGCUGAGAAGCUGCGGGAUGCUGGCUAUCGAACACAUAGGGAUGCUGGGAUGGCCACCCCUGAACAUUCGCCCAGGGGAAGGGGCUAUGAGACUUGGUAUGGCUACUACCAGCAUGCCAAUGACUACUGGCACAAAAGUAAACUUGGAACGGGAGAGGUGGAUGCUUGCUUGAACCACAUGAAAGAUCUUUCGAUGCACAACGCCACUUACUGUGGGCCUGUGCGGGAUGCCAUCUCGCUUUCAGCAGCUUGUGAGAUGGAUGAAGAGUCAGAUCCUGGUUGUUAUGAAGAACAUCUGUUUAAAGAGAGGGUUCUGGAGAUCAUUCAGAACCACAAUGUGACCAGCCCCUUGUUCCUGUUCUACUCUUUCCACUUGGUCCAUACUCCCUUGCAAAUUCCCAAAGCUUGGCUGUCCAAGAUCGAUGAAGUGGUGAAGGCCGCUGGUGGAAAGGCCUUUGAUGAUCAGAAUCGGCGUUUGUAUUCGGCCAUGGUUCUCUACAUGGAUGCAGCCGUUGGAGCAGCCGUGGAGGCCUUGAAGCAGAAGAACAUGUAUGACAACACCUUGAUCAUCUUCACUUCAGACAAUGGUGGACCAAUCUAUGAACCUGGUUCUGCCUCCAAUUAUCCCUUGCGGGGCAGUAAGACGAAUGAUUGGGAAGGAGGCAUUCGCACCAAUGCUUUCGUCUCCGGAGGCUUUGUACCGGUUCAUCGCCGUGGGCAGAAGUUCGAGGGCAUCAUCAAUGUGGCCGAUUGGUAUGGCACCCUAACGGAACUGGCUGGCGUGGAUAUGAGAGAUUUGAAGGCUGAGGCAGCCAAUGUGUGGCUGAAGGAGAAGGGACUUCCAUUGCUUCAUCCAGUGGACAGUGUACCACAGUGGCAGAACAUCAUCAAUGACCAGAACGGACGAAAGGAUGCCAUGCACUUGAGUAGCCAGGCACUUUUCAUGUGGCCCUACAAGUUGGUCACAGGGAAACAGCCACUCACUGCCUGGCUGGGGCCCCUGUAUCCCAAUUGCUCCACCGUGAAGUCUCGGGCCAAGCUCCAGGGGCCGCAGCCUCCGGCCCCGGAUUCGAUCUUCGGCCAAUUCACUCCAUGGUCGGGCACCGGUCAGGAGGUGGCUCAGCAAACCUGGAGCUUCGAUUGCGAGGCGGGCUGCUUGAUGAACGUCCGCGAUGAUCCGACGGAACAUAAGGACUUGGCAAAGGAUCCGAAGUAUGCAGCGAUCUUGACACAGAUGCAGGAGACCCUGAAGAAGAUGAACCAGGAGCUUUUCACUCCAGACCGCGGUAUAGAUCGGGUCGAGGCCUGUGAUGUGGCCAUCGAACAGGAUCGCACCUUUGGUCCCUUUGUCGAUGUGGAAGGCUUCUAUAGCCCGAAUCCGAAAUCCAAGGAUCUGGCGCAGAACUUCGAGGAUCAAAUGCUGAGUGCCACCUUGCACGCCUUGAAUGAGAGUGAGCUGAAAUCCUUCUUCGUGGCCAGUUUGAAGAAAGAGGUGCCAAAAGCUUUGCAGAAAGGAAGCGCGGACAAAUGCCUCAAAAAAGAUGUGAGCCUGCCUUAGUGAUAGUUAUAGGGCGUUUGUGAUGUCUUCGUGUACAGGACAGCAAACCGACCGGCUGGACUUCGGACG